AUGAUUGAGAUGUUUGAAAUGAUAAGGGGUGUCAAUUGGGUAGACAAGAAGAAGCCUUCCCCACUUAAUGGAGGGAUCAGUGACCGGGGUGGGGAAGGGGCAUUGACUGAAGUUCCUGUUGCUGGCGUUUCCCUCAUCAACAAAGCCAAUAAAACAGAGAUUCUGAUUGGGAGCCGUCUCGUUCUGGAGUGUGAAUUGAGCCGAGGUACAGGACCCUUCUUUCAAUGGUACUUUCAGCAGGAAGCCUUAAACAAUGCUAGUGGAAAUUACAACUUUAGCUCAGACAGGAGAGAGCUGGACAUUGAAUCCUUCCAGUCGCAGCACCAAGGCCGAUACCAGUGCGGCGCGAUCAACAGGGCGCCCAGUGGAACGAUAUUUAAUGUGACCAGUAAUUUCAUCGACCUCACAGUGCCAGCACAGGCACACAGCGCUGAGAUGGCAGUACUCAUUGUCCCACUGUUUCUGAUCCUUUCUCUCAUCACAUUGCUUCCCAUUAAACUCCGGAACAGGAAACAAGCUGAUUCGUCCAGCAGUUCCCAGCAGCACAGGGAGGCGAUGGGAAAUCGAACUGAGGGCACGAGUGAGAACAGACCCGUAGGAAAUUUUGAAUACGCAACUAUCAGGCCAAGUCGAAUGAACGAUGACUCCAAAACAGAUGGCAGCUUGGUGUACUCGGUCAUCACCAUCUCAAAGCCAAGAAACGCUGCUCGCUCUGAUGGUGCAUCAGGAGGGAAACAUACUGACCAAGAGGAGCAGCAACAAUCCUGCAUCACAUACGCUACCCUGAGGCACACAGAUACAGGAGGGGAGGAGGAACCAGGCCAAGAUGAAGAAGGAAACAUUUAUGCCAACCUUCCACGGAUAUCGUGAGACAGCACAGAAGAAAGCCUGUGACGCUUCACAAACAAAUCAAUCGUAAUCCUACCUUCCAGCAAAUAAGGGGAACAAGGAAGAGAAGGCGGAGCUAUGUCACAUGUCUACGGCUAGGUUAGGCUAGACUUUGUGUCAAUUUCAGUCAGCAAGA